AUGGCGGUCCCUCGAGGAGCCCAGAUCGCAGCAAGGCUCCUUAGUCGAGGCUCAAGACCGUUGACCUCCAAUCCGUCCUUAUAUAAAAGAGACUACAGGUUCGACCGCUUCCCUGCAAAACCAAAGACCCAGCGGAUUAGAAAUGCGUCUUUACACACGCGAGCAACUCAUCAUGCACAGGCUGCCGCCGCCGUCGUGCAAGAAGAGGGACCCUACGACAGUCCCGAGUCCACGAACCCUGCAAUGUCCUUUCCCUGUCUUGAUGCUCAAGAAAUGAAGACCGCUGCUUUGCAGAACCGCUCUCUCGAAUCGGGCCCCGAACCGUCCUAUACCACGGGCAGACACAUGGUGUUCCACAGCUCGGAACCCAUCCUGUUGGAUUGGGGUGGGAUACUACCCGAAUUCAAGAUCGCUUAUGAGACUUGGGGCACUCUGAACGCAGACAAGAGCAAUGCAAUUCUGCUGCAUACUGGAUUGUCGGCGUCGAGCCAUGCACACAGCACCGGAGCAAACCCGAAACCUGGGUGGUGGGAAAAGUUCAUUGGGCCUGGUGCUCCUCUUGAUACCAAUAAAAACUUUGUCAUUUGCACCAACGUGAUAGGCGGCUGCUACGGCUCGACUGGACCUUAUUCUAUCGACCCCUCUGACGGUCAGCGAUAUGCCACUCGGUUUCCCAUCUUGACUAUGGACGACAUGGUCAGAGCGCAAGCGCGGCUCCUGGACGGACUUCGUAUCGACAAGCUCUAUGCCAGCGUUGGCGCCAGCAUGGGUGGAAUGCAGAGUCUCGCCUUUGGCGUCCAUUUCCCUGACCGGGUGGGCAAAAUCGUCAGCAUUUCGGGUUGUGCAAGGAGCCACCCGUACAGCAUUGCCAUGCGUCACACUCAACGACAAGUGUUGAUGAUGGACCCCAAAUGGAACAGGGGUUUUUAUUACGACAGCAUUCCUCCACACACGGGAAUGAAACUCGCCCGGGAAAUUGCGACAGUGACAUAUCGCAGUGGACCGGAGUGGGAGAAUCGGUUUGGAAGACAGCGAGCCGACCCCAGUAAGCAGCCCGCUCUCUGCCCGGAUUUCUUGAUUGAGACGUACUUGGACCACGCCGGUGAGAAGUUUUCCUUGGAAUACGAUCCAAACUCUCUGCUUUACGUCAGCAAGGCAAUGGAUCUGUUCGAUCUUGGGUGGGCUCAUCAAGAGAGCACCAGGACACGGAGACAGAAGAACCAGGAGAAGUUGUUGAACUUCCGCGGGGCAGAAACCAUUCGAAACGACCCAGCAUGCAGUUUGAUGCUGCCGCCAAAGAAUUACGAAGAGCAAGUCUCGACGGCGCCCAUGGAUGAAGCUGUCGCCACCGGCCAUCAAGCUGGACCGCCCAGAGAUCUCGUCCAGGGAAUGGCGCCACUAAGCAAUCAUCCGGUCUUGGUUAUGGGCGUGGCGAGCGAUAUACUCUUCCCAGCGUGGCAGCAGAGGGAGAUAGCUGAGACGUUGAGGGCUACAGGAAAUAAUCGAGUUACGCAUGUUGAACUUGGCGAGGAUAUCAGUUUGUUCGGACACGAUACAUUUCUGUUGGAUUUAGAGCAUAUUGGCGGCAAUGUUGGGAAAUUCCUGCAGUAA